GUUAUUGAACGUUAAACGAAUAAAAAUGAAUUUUUUACAUCGCAGAACGUCAGCCCACAAAGUGACAACUUUGCAAAGACCAAUACUUUAUUACACACCAGAUUCGCCACCUUGUCAAGCUGUUAUCUUGGUUAUAAAGCAACUUCAUUUGAACAUUCAGUUGAAAGAUGUUGACUUUGAUAAAAGUGAACACAUGUCACCAGAAUUUCGUAAAAUGAAUCCAUUGCAUCAGGUACCGACAUUAGACGACAAUGGAUUUUUUAUAAGUGAUUCACAUGCAAUUAUUUCGUACAUGGCUGCAGGAUCUCACUUGACAUCGACUGACUCAAGACUUUUGGCUCGUAUCAAUGAAAUGCUUUGCUUUGACUUUGAACUCUUUCGAGUCAUGGGAGAAGUUGGCAUUCCAAUGUUCUAUGAGGGAGCGGCAGAGCCAUCACAAAAAGCUUUAAAAAUUCUCGAUGAGAAGCUUAGUGCACUCGAGUAUUAUCUGAAACAACGUAAAUGGGUGUCGGGUGAAUUUUUGACCAUUGCAGAUUUUUCUGUUCUCGCAACAUUUUCUGUAAUUUACCAUUGUCCAAUUGACCUUUCAAAGUACCAAGCGACGUUGGAAUGGUUUGCAAGAUGUAAGAAAGCUAGUGUCGGCUAUGAUGAUAUCGAAGAAGACUCAAAAAAUGCGCUCGGAAAUUUCUUGAAAUCAAAAGGAAUCGAACUUAAAUUGAAAUCGUAAACAUCAAACUUGUAAACAGUUAACAGCGACUCCAGACUUCUAGUGAAAGUUUUUAAUUCUUUAUUCAACUUGAGACUCUCAUGAAAGUUAUCAUCAAAUCUGUUUGUAAAAAUCACAAAAAAAUGUUUAUGAAAUAAAAGUUUUCCUUCUUUAUGUGUGUUAGUGAC